AUGCGGCUACUACAUAUCACAGAUGACGGAAAGCUCGAGUUCACCAGUGAUAUCAUCCUCAAGGACGACAUCCCCCCCUAUGCGAUCCUUUCGCACACUUGGGGGGACCAAGAGGUGGUUUUCAACGACAUGAAGAGUCUAGAUGACUUGAACAAUGACGACGCAAAGAGAAAAGACGGUUGGAAGAAGAUUGACUUCUGCGCACAACAAGCAAAGCGUGACGGUCUGAAAUACUUCUGGAUAGACACAUGCUGCAUCGACAAGGCCAAUCAUACAGAGCUUUCAGAGGCGAUCAACUCGAUGUUUCGCUGGUAUCAGAAGGCAGAAAGGUGCUACGCCUUCCUCACGGACGUCGAGGGCAAGUCAUUAGGAGGUGAAUGCAAGUCUUCUUCGAGAUGGAAGGCGGCUUUCAGGACCAGCAGGUGGUUCAGCCGAGGUUGGACACUCCAAGAACUUCUCGCACCACGAUCCGUUGAGUUCUUCUCUCAAGAUGAAGCAUGGCUGGGCGACAGGGAUUCGCUCAAGCAGACGAUACACGAAAUCACAAAGAUACCUGUUGACGCUUUGACUGGGAGUGAUCUGUCUAAAUUCGAUAUUGAUGAACGAUUCUCUUGGGCACAAAGUCGCCAGACGACGCGCGAAGAAGAUGGUGCAUACUGUCUGUUAGGCAUAUUCGGCUGCCACCUUCCGCUGAUCUAUGGCGAAGGCAAAGAAAGAGCUUUGGAGCGACUAAGGAAGGAGAUGCCAGAGGCAUCCGAGAGGCUUAGCAAAAUCCGCUGCUGGCUUUCAGCGCCUGACCCUUUUACAAACUAUCACAAAGCGCAGAAGCAGCGGCAGGCUGACACUGGGCUCUGGCUACUGAACAGCGCACAAUUCGAUAACUGGAAGCAGGCUGCAGCGUCGCGGCUUUGGCUGCAUGGAAUUCCAGGAUGCGGAAAGACCAUCCUGAGCUCUACUAUCAUCAAGCACAUGCUGCAGCACUGCGAAAACGACAUACAGAAAGUGACAGUCUACUUCUACUUCGAUUUCAACGAUUCGCAGAAACAGGAUCCAGAACUGAUGUUCCGCUCGUUGCUCCGCCAGUUCCUGCAGUGCCUGGCUGUGACACACAAGGACGUUGACGCUUUGUUCUUGUCCUGCAAGAACGGAGAAAAACAGCCGUCACUACAUGAACUCCUAGACGUAAUGCCGAAGGUGAUGCGGCAGUUUACACAUGUUUACAUUGUUCUUGACGCGCUCGAUGAGUGUACACAACGCUCGGAACUGAUGAGCAUGCUUGAAUCAGUGAUUGGGUGGAAGCUUGACAUGGUUCGCCUGCUCCUGACUAGUCGGAAAGAGAGGGACAUCGAAACGUCUCUAGAGAGUCACAUCGAAAAAGAUAAUAUUGUCAGUCUUCAGAGGGACAUAGUGAACGAAGACAUAUCGCGAUACGUUCGAAACAGGCUGCAUGAAGACAAGGCCUUGGCGAAAUGGAACAAGGACGCUGAUAUCAAACAAGAGAUUGAGACAGCCUUGAUGAGCCGAGCUGGCGGGAUGUUCCGAUGGGCUGCAUGUCAACUUGACAUGCUGGCUAAAAGUCGUAAUUUAGCCACGCUGCGCAGGUCGCUCGCUAGCCUGCCACAAACUUUGGAUCAAACAUACGAUCGAAUUCUCACUGCUAUACGCGAAGAAGACCGCGUGUAUGCAAUACGCAUCUUGCAGUGGUUGACCUUCUCUGAAAGGCCGCUCACCAUCGAGGAAGUUGCCGAAGUGGCUGCAAUCGAUAUCCAGAGCGAACCGAUAUUCGAUCGCGAUGAAGUGCUGAUAGAUCCACUAGAAGCGUUAGACAUCUGUUCCAGUCUAAUUACUGUCACCGGUUCAGCAGAAAAGAGAAAAAAUCAAGACGGACGACUAGCUGACCCACGAAUGCUCUCUCUAGCACACUACUCAGUGCAAGAGUACCUUGUUUCAGACAGAAUCAAGCUAGGACCAGCAAAGCAAUAUCACAUGCAAGAAGGUGAAAGCCAUGAAGCGAUAAUGAAAGGUUGUAUUGGAUACCUCAACCAAUUUCUGGGACCGAUCUCUCCCGCACAACUCGACAUCUCUGCGCUCGCGAUGUACUCAGCGAACUUCUGGAUCUCCCAUUUUAAAAAGGCAGGAGAUGAGAACGAAAACAUAUGCCGGCUAGCACUGAGUGUUUUUUCGAAGGACAAUCCCGUAUAUUACAGUUGGUUGCGGUUGAGUGAUCCAGAAGUGGCUGAUCUGGUUGAAGGUCCAGAAUUGGAACGAGAACUGGAUGAUAUGAUAAAACCUCUUUACUACGCAGCAAGACUGGGCUUGAGUAAGAUUACGCAACUUCUGCUGGAUCAAGGUGCCGAUAUUGACGUGCACGGCGUGCUACGUGGGAACGCGCUUUUAGCAGCUUUAGCUGGAGGCCAUACAACAGUGGCCAAGCUGCUAAUCAAUGCCGGCGCGAACCUCAACAUCAAUUUUAUAGAUUGGGGCACUCCGCUAUACCAAGCUUCACGAUACGGUGACGAGGCAAUGGUCAAGUUGCUAAUCGACGCAGGUGCUGACGUCAAUGCGCCUAUGUCCAUAUAUUCUGAUUGGGAUAACGCACUCCAGGCUGCUAUCGAAACAGGAGGAGAAGCCACAGUCAAGUUGUUGCUCGAAGGAGGCGCCGACUGUGGUUUGGACGAGCGACUGAGAAGUCCCAUUCAUCAUGCCCUUCGCAGUGAUGAGUGCACACCAUCGCUCAUCAGUAUCUUACAGCAACACGGCGCUUCGAUAGAUGCGAUCGAUAUCGGAAAUAUGACGCCGCUUCAUAAUUGUGUUCUUUAUAGCAACCAGGAGGCCGCGAAACAACUCCUUGAUGCAGGGGUCCCGGUCAAUAUAGGAGUUCGACGAAAGUCGUGGUCCUGGGAUGGCGACACAUUCAGUCCUGUUGAUCACAUGGACACCGUACAUCCGAUUCCAGAACCCAUCGCAGUUGGCCUGACUCCUCUACACUUCGCAGCCUUGACCGGUAAUCUUACGAUGACGAAAUUCUUUCUCGAUCACGGCGCCGAUCCCAAUGCUCUUUCCGAGUAUGGCGAGACUCCCCUACAUCUCAACCAGCGCACCACACUCUUUGGAACGCAAUGUAGAGACGACUGGGUAGACGAGAGUUACAGAGUAGAAUACCGUUCAAAAUCAACAUUGUAUCGGGAUGUAAUUGAUCCAACUUUUUCGACUGCCACGUCUGCGCGUCAAAGGAUACUUGAUACAUUACUGGCACAUCCCAAGACUUCCACUGCAACACAAGACUGCCAAGAAGAAAACCUCUUACACUGCAUCAAGUAUGGGAAACCAGAAAGCGUGACCUUGGUCCAGAAGUUUCUUUCCCGAGGAGCCGACCCUUCGUGUGUCAAUUCCAGUCUAAAAAGCCCACUGCAUCUUGCCAGUGAAGCUGGUGAUACUGCAUCGAUUGUUGCUUUGCUUAGCACAGGUACGGAAGCGGUAUGGACUGAAGAAUGCCUCCUCCAUGCACUCGAUCACGCAGUUCAAAACGGAGACCACAGUGCGAUAGUCGCCAUUCUCGAGACGAAAGAGGCACGAGCAUUCAAGCUUGUAAUGAUGAAGGACAAGUAUGGGCAAAACUUGCUUCACCGGUUGUUCUGGGGGCAACACGUUGACAUCGAAACCGUGCAGUGCCUACUUGACGAAGGAGUGGACAGUUCAGAGCUUGAUGAUUCCUGUGAAUCCCCCCUCGCGAGUCUCCUCCAGAACGGCCUAUGGGACUCCAACGUCGAGGAUAUCUGCAGAUUUCUCCUUCCAAUCAGAAGAAACGCAUCAUUCGUCAACUGCCAUGGGCAAAGCCUCGGACAUUUGUGUGCUACAUCGCCCAGUCUUGAGGUCCCCAUACUGGAAGCUCUAAACCACCACGGCGUGGAUCUAGCAAAAAGAGACUGUGCUGCAAGAACUAUCCUCCACCACGCAGCUAUAUCGGGCUGGCUCACUGAAGAAUCCCUGGAGUUCCUUGUAAACGUUAUCGGUAUUCAGACCAAUGAAGUAGACGCACAUGGCCGCACUGCCUUGCAAUACGCUAUCGAGGAAGCUUCGAAAGACCAUGGGUCGGAUAUUAUAUAUCCUGCACGCUGGGAAAGAACCAGGGACAUAUUGUUGAAGCAUCAUGCCAACCACAAGAGCUGA